CAUAUGCAGAUAUUGUGAGGGGCAUUACACAUGAAAAACAUGCUGAUGCGUUUUUGGGCAUCAGAUCAUUUGAGCUGAGACCACUUUGGCCCAUGUCUGUGUCAUCAGAAAAGGAAUACACUCACUCAUCCGUAGACAAGUGUGUCACCGACUUAAGAUCACAUUCUCCCGAGUCGGUCUCAGUUCAAAGUGAACUUAGACCCCUCUCUCCUGACUCACCUGUUCCUCAGUUCAGAUGUCCCCAUGUUGUUUACGAUAUGGAAUUGUCAAGACACAGGUCGUUUACCCCAGAAUCAACAUUUUCUGACUGGGAAGGUACUGAUUUGUGUCUGGAAACCCUAUUUGAUGAGAAUAGACCAGAGUCUCCGCAGUCAGUUUUAUCAGACUUUGAACUUGAUAAGUUAUUUAGUAGCAGGGCGUUGUCCCCGGAAUCCGUGUCUUCCGAUUUUGACUUUUCUCUCAUUCAGGACUGGUUGUUAGACUUCAGAGCAUCCUCCCCGGAAUAUGUUGUGUCAGCUGAGCAGUGGUGUUUGUCUCCUCCCAUGACAUUUGGCCAGGUUAGACCCCUUUCUCCUGACUCACCUAUUCCUCAGUUCAGUUUUCCCCAUGUUUACGAUAUGGAAUUGUCAAGACACAGGUCGUUUACCCCAGAAUCAACAUUUUCUGACUGGGAAGGUACUGAUUUGUGUCUGGAAACCCUAUUUGAUGAGAAUAGACCAGAGUCUCCGCAGUCAGUUUCAUCAGACUUUGAACUUGAUAAGUUAUUUAGUAGCAGGGCCUUGUCCCCGGAAUCCGUGUCUUCCGAUUUUGACUUUUCUCUCAUUCAGGACUGGUUGUUAGACUUCAGAGCAUCCUCCCCGGAAUCUGUUGUGUCAUUUGAUCAGCGCUGUUUGUAUCCUCGGAUGACAUUUGGCCAGAUUAAUAGUCAACAUUGUAACUAUUACUUACAGUACUCUGAAAGUAGACCCGUAUCACCUAUUUCAACAACGUCAGAUGUUGAGUAUUCUGGAUUUUAUCUUGAGGACUUGUUUGACGACAACAGACCAGAUUCACCAGACUCAUUUUCUUCACGGAUUGAAAAUAAGCAAACAUGCGUAACUGUGACCACAUCUCCACCACUUUCUGCUGCCAGACCUUAUACAUAUGCAGAUAUUGACUGGUUGUUAGACUUCAGAGCAUCCUCCCCGGAAUAUGUUGUGUCAGCUGAGCAGUGGUGUUUGUCUCCUCCCAUGACAUUUGGCCAG